UUCAGUGUUCCUUGCACUAACCAUAAUCCGCAUUCUGGUGAACCGUUUUAAUGCGGAGAUGCUCUCUUAAAUUGCUCACUUCUUUGCGCCAGUCUAGCAUGUUGCUGCUCUCGAGUCUGUGUAAAUCGUCAAACCACGGUUAUCUCCCUUACCUGUCGGAAACUUCUCUGCCGUCGUCGAACGCAGUUCAUAAAACACAUACAAGUGCAUUUAUGUGGGGACGGCACUACGGGUUAUUUAUGUGCACACAAUGAACAUUUUGACAGUCGUUGCUUCAGACGCUGUAUACUGUUCUGUGUUCCUUGAAUGUAUUGACAACAAUCAGGAUGCAAAUUUGCAAAGAAAUGCGACUGGGUUGUUUACUCGACUCGAUUGUAAGUUCAACCUUUGACUUGGGCCUUGAUUGGAGAGCGUAGUUGCUGUGUAGUCCAACAGUUUUCGUCAGCCUACAUCCACGAGGGGAACGGAAGUACAUCCACCAGGAGAACUGGACGUGCUGCUCAUGGAUGUAGGCUGCCCAGUACUACUCGUGUAGUCGGCAGUCAGGAUGGCGGGCGAAGAUCAGGCAGUCACAAACUUCAGGGAAUAUUUGCGUAUCAAAACAGUCCAGCCGAAUCCGGACUAUGAUGGAGCAUUGGCCUUUUUGACGAAGAUGGCUGAAGAGUUGGACCUCUCUUACCAGAUUAUUCAGCUGAGCACAGGUCGACGUGUAUUUGUACUCAGCUGGCCAGGAAAGUGCCCGUCCCUGCCCAGUGUCUUACUCAACUCUCACACAGAUGUUGUGCCUGUCUUCAUGGAACACUGGAAAGUAGAUCCCUUCAGUGCAGAUAAGAUGGAUAAUGGAGAUAUCUAUGCCCGUGGAUCGCAGGAUAUGAAGUGUGUAGGAAUACAGUACAUUGAGGCUAUCCGGAGAUUGAAGAAUUCUGGAAAGAGAUUGCUGAGAACCAUUCACUUGUCUUUUGUACCAGAUGAGGAGAUUGGAGGUCACACAGGCAUGGCUGUCUUCGUCAAGGAUGAGCGCUUCAAACAGCUCAAUGUCGGAUUUGUUUUAGAUGAAGGCCUGGCAAAUCCCACUGACAGCUACACUGUAUUUUAUGGAGAGCGAUCAGCUUGGUGGUUGCGGGUGAAGUGUCCGGGAAAACCAGGCCAUGGUUCAAGAUUUAUCCAGGACACAGCUGCAGAGAAAGUGCAUAAAGUCAUGACUAGACUGCUUGAACUGCGAGCCAAGGAAGAGAAAAAAUUUAUGGAUUGUGAUAGCUGUCUGAAAUUAGGAGAUGUUACCACCGUGAACUUAACCAAGUUAGAGGGUGGUGUGCAAGUCAAUGUGGUACCCAAUGAGUUUGUUGCCUACUUUGACAUCCGUUUAAACCCCCGAGAAGAUUUAGUGGCUUUUGAGGAGCAGCUGAAGAGUUGGUUUGCAGAAGCUGGUAAAGAUGUGACCUACGAAUUCCUCCAGAAAGGAAAUUGCCAUCAACUAACUUCUACAGACAAGUCUGACCCCUGGUGGAAUGCAUUUAGCUCAACACUAGAAAACAUGAACCAGGCUUAUGAGACAGAGAUAUUUCCUGCAGGCACAGACAGCAGAUUUCUUAGGGAGAUUGGCCUUCCAGCUAUUGGCUUCUCUCCAAUGAACAAUACGCCCAUUCUUCUGCACGAUCAUAAUGAGUUUCUUAAUGAGAAGGUUUUCCUGAAGGGAAUUAAGGUGUAUGAACAGCUGAUUACUUCCCUUGGCAACGUGCCAAAGUUCUGAUCACUGAGACCAUUUCUGUGUGUUCGCGGCCUAUUCCAUAGAAAGAUGAAGGGACAGUGUGUUGUUCUGAUUGAUUAAGACCAUUUUGCUAUCAUGGAUAAGAAGAUCAUAUCUUUGCACACCUAGACAGUUUUCUCGCAAGUAAUUUUUGUACAUUUAUUCUGGUCCGACACAAACUUAGUUGAACACUUCUGUGACAGAUUCACUUCAAAUUUUUAACAAGUGACUUAAUUCUCCAUGAUCAAGCAAUAAUCAUCAUUUCAUGUGACUGGUUUUACAUUCUAACGAUUUUUCUUCGGUUUAGUAAUAUUUCUGACAGACUAUUUUGUCGUGAGUAACAGGCAGCCCAUUGUGAUCAGUCCAUAUUUUUGAUUUCGUCACAUCACUGUCUUAACAGUUUAAUUUGAGACGAUUUUGGUGCUCACAGAACUAGAUGACUCCUCACCAUUAGGGUUGAAUUUCUUUUUCAGCACCAAAAUCAUCCAAGUGUGUGUCAGUCUUUUUCAGCUGAAUUCAGAUUUUACAAUUUAAGUGUAUUAGCUUUCUAUUUUGAUAGCUUUUUUGUUGACAAAACCCAUAGUGAUUUUUGGAUGUACACAAAUGUGUAUACCUUUUGCUCAUUCAGCAUUGAUAACAAGUAUUUUUCUUUCUUUUCCCCUCUUUUUUUUUUCCUCUUGCUUUUUGUGUUUUUGCAACAUAUCUGAGAUAAUGAAUUGCAUUUUACAUAUGACCAAGCUUUUGCACCAUGAAGAUAUUUUACCAGAUAUUUAUUAUGAAUUGAUAUCAGUGACUAUGAAUGUCCAGAGUAGUUUUUGACAGCGCAUGUACCUGUAAACAAUUUGUACAAAAGCAUUAUGAUUAUGGCAGGAAAGCUUAACAUUCAAUGGAAGAACCCUUCAGCAAUCAUCCUGCAAAUAAAUUGUAGGCAUAAGAUCUAAAGACGAAACUCAAAAAUGUUACAUCAUUCACAUUGAUGAAGAGGUAAUUCCGAUUAAGGGUUUUGGGGCAUGUACAUUGCUACUAUUUAAGCAUAAACAGAAUAAAGACCUGAAUUAAUUGAGGUAAAUUGACAGGUUGCUGGAUUUAACUGGUAAUACAUGUGACCGUUUGUCAACGAUUACGCUGUCUUCACUGCUCUGGGUUUACUCUCUAUGUUGUAGUCUUCGGUGUUGUGCUUUUCACUUUUAUUCAGGACAGAUUUUUUUAGGACAUUUUGCUAAUUGUGUUGGGCUUUAGCCAAGACAAAUUUACUGAGAAAUAUUCAGGAUGUAUUGUAACUAGCCCUGUAGCAUAAUGAUGGCCAGGAUGUAUUUAAUACAACUAGAAAUGUAGACUUUUGAUGUACAUGUACAUUUACCGUAAGCUGAUGAAAUCAACAUUUGCAGAAAAUUUCAAAGAGAAUAUUAAAGCAUGCUUAAAUCCAGACUAUAAAAAUAGAAAUGACAUGGUGAUCCAACUUUAACAGGAUGCACAGUGUAGCCUCUUCCACCGAUAUGUACAUCUUUUCCAACCUUUCCCCAACUCCUUUAAACUGUCUUUGUGCCAAUAAUAUAUACAUCCUGUAGCUCAAAGUUAUGUUAUUGCAAAUGCUGCGCAUCAGGCACAUUAUGAUGAAUGGAAGUUAUAAUUAUUAAAUAAAAUUUAUAGUUUGUAUCUGGUAAAUAUUUAUCUAAUCUUUGAAAAGUACAUGUAGCUGUUUUCUAUGAAAUAUAUCCCUGAAUGAUAUAUAUAGAGAGAGAGACAGAGGGCGAGAUAUUUUGAAGAGGAGGUAUGCAGCCAGUAUGGGACUUAUAACUGUCCUACUGCUACCAAAGGUGGCUAAAAGGUUUACAUUUAUACACUUCAUAUGUCAGACAGUCACGAAUCAGUUUUCUGGCAUUUGUUUUUCAACUUAGUUCAUCAUAUUGAACUUGGUACAUGUCUUCACCAUGGCAAGUUACAGAUCAAGUUCCAGUUUAGUCUUUUGUCCAUCUCUUUGGACAAAAUUAUGGACGUUCUUGUGGAUGGCUACCUAUAGAUGUAUGUUGUUCUGAUGGCUCAAACUGGACGGGUGUUACAUUUGUUAUCUGAAAUCAUCUGAACGACAAUAUUCCAUCCAAUGUUUAUAUGGUCAUAGUGACUGAAUAUAUGACAUUGAAUAAUGAUUAGAUAGAUGACUGAAGUCCCAAGUUGUCUAAUAGAAAUGUGGUAUGUAACAACCCAUAUAUGAAAUAGUUAUUUUUGUCUUCGAAAGGUGUUUUGAAUGAGUAAUAAAAACAGAAGGUUUUAAUGACGCGUCAUUGACCUUUGUGUGGAA